AUGGAAGCUGGGGAUGAUAGGCCUGCGGGCAUGAUCCCGGAUAUCCUGCUGGACGGGGACCGCCUCAACAUGCUACUGGACAUUGUGUGCGCUGACUACAUCACAGCGUGCUACGCCAGCCGCGAGAACGGCAAGCGUGUGGUUUUCAAAGCGCUAGAGAAGCUCUACAUCUCGGUCCACGCCGGGGCGCCCAUCAUUGGCGCCGAUACUCGAGUUCUACGUCCGGCACAGGACCCUCAGUUCCAGGAACGAGCUCUCACCUUCUACGAGGAUAUGAUGGCCGAGUUUCGCGCUCGCAAACGCGCUCUAGAGGCCGCUACAGACGGCAACACGUCGUCAUCGUCCAGAGGUCUCGAUGACAGCGUUGUUCGAGAAGUUAUGAAACCCAGACUAUUGCAAAUAGUCGAGGAAAUGUGUCGCGAACGCGAUCGCCAAUUGGGAUUCGGCGGGGUCUCUGCACCGUCGAGUUCUUCGACUUCUAGAGCUGCUACAGCUCCCGUUGAACCCGGAACCGCAGAGACAGAGGAAGAAAUCCUUCCACCUACAACAGGGGAGAUCAGGAUGGAAGGAUGGCUACGCAAAAAGGGUCAACACGUCAAUUUAUGGAGAGAACGGUACUUUAUGAUCCGUUCGACGCCCAAUGGCACCCACUUCUUGUGUUACUUCAGGAAGAAAGGAGACAAGGAGCCACGUGGCUGGUACAUACUGGGCCCUGGCACGACGGUGGAUGAAGUGAGAGAGUCGCCGAGUAAGAUCGAGACCAAGAAGCUCUUCACGUUCAGGAUCCGCCACUUGAGUCACGCGAGUAAUGAUGAGGUGGAGGAGAGUGCAGAGUUGACGCCAGGACCGACCCCAUCACGACUCGGGGCUGAGUCUCCACUGGACUCGGCUGUUUCUCACGAAACGGAGUUUGAUGCAAGACCGAGUGUCAAGCGUGCCACCUCCAGGAAGUUCCGAAGCCGAGCGGCAGCGGCCGCUGCUGCUGCUACAGCAGCAACCGCCGUGGUGUUGACGGGUGGGUUGGCUGGUGUUGGUAUCGGUGUGAUGGGUAUGAGUAUGAGUGCAGCCGCUGCUGCGAGUGCUGGUGCUGCAGGCGCCAUGAUCGCUCAGAGUCGCAGUAAAGGUCCUAUUGCACUGGCUGCUGAGUCCCUGGAGACUGCUGUGUGGUGGCGUAACAGCAUUCUCGAGUGCAUUGCUCAAGCUGAAGAACAGUGGAAGCGCUAUCUGAACUGGUACAUGGAUCACGACCCCGACAUGGAGGAGGGUAAUCCACUACUGGAAAGCAGACUGCCUACUACUAUAUCGUCCUUCGGAGGGGGUGCUAGAUCACGAUCUGUAUCGCAGCAAUCUUUUGGAAAAGGUGGAGCACUCUCGCUUCAUCCAGGACCUCGACAACGGUCGGGAUCGUUUGGAUCCAUGCCGCGCUCUAUCGCUAAGAGCUUCCGUACGUCUGCCACGUUCUCACAAGAGACAUCAUGGAAGCUCUACGAGUUUUCAAGUAAACUACGUGUAGACACAGAGCGUCAGAGUCACCAGAACAGUCUCCGGACAUCCGCUCCUCCGCCUGCACUUCGUACGAGUCUCAAGGUGAACGCAUCGCCUCGUAAAGUGUUCGAGAUGCUCAUGAAGGUCAACAGUCCAUUCUACACAUCCAACCAUGUUAUUCAGGAGGCGCGUGUACUGGAAGAACACACAGAGGACCACAGUGACGUGGUCUACUGGAAACUCUUCCCGACGUAUCUGUGGCCAGUAUUCGUGAGUGCUCGCGAGCUGUGUAUGCUCCGCUAUUGGCGCAUGGAGCCCGACGGCUCGUACUUUAUCUGCUUCCAGUCCACCACACAUACGGGUUGUCCUCCCCAUACUGGAGCUGUCCGUGCCAAUAUUAUGGGUGGAGGGUUCAUCAUCUCUCCACGCGUGCAAGAAGACAGCGAUAACCACUUUGAGGAGUGCUGGGUGACGUUGACAAUCCAGAUGAAUCCCAAUGGCUGGAUCGACUCGACACUAGCGCGCUCAUGGUACUACGUCCACGCCUACGGGGUCUUCUUUUUGGAAAUGAUCACAGCGAUCACAGCGUCCGAAGGUCUGCAAACGCUCCGUCCAGUGACUGCAACUUCAGACAGUCGAAGAAUGAGUGUGGGCGGUAAGUUUCCAGUCCCGAGUCAACAAAUUGUGACGGAGAAGCAGUUCCCAAUGCUUGAAAGGUAUCGCACCGAUCUCAGUGUGUUGCAUGGGCUACCCACAAAGUUCUGGAGCGAACCGAGCGCUGACGGCUUCAUGGUCCGUGGGCCACAAUAUUUUACUUCAAAGACGAAGAUUCCAUCAGCGCGACAAGCCUGUCGACUAGUGAAUGUGGAGCUGUACAAGUCCAACGAACCGAUUGAGCAUAUCGGAGUGUCUUCUUUCGUUGGAGACGGCUUCGAUUCCACUGAUUCGGCAGUGGAAGACCGUCCGUUUAUCUUCAUUAUCAACUUUAUACUCCCUGGUACCCCGCACCACUCGCUGGUGUUAUAUUUCACACCGGAAGAUCCGUCCGAGUUGAAGAAGAACUCUGUGUUUGCUGAUCUUUGUCAUGAAGUGCUACGUGGACCCAACGAUGAGUUCCGAACGCAACGUAUCAAGCUGAUUCCGCGUGUUGUACAAGGCACGUGGCCUAUUCGAGAAGGCGUGGGCACCACUCCGGCCAUUCUAGGCACCAAGAUCUACCAGAAAUACUACCAGGGCAAGAAUUAUCUGGAAGCGGACUAUGAUAUCGGCAGCAGUACAGUUGCCACGGGGGUGUUGAACCUCUUGCUGGGCUACGCUCGGGACCUCAUCAUCGACUUGGCCUUCGUAAUCGAGGCACAAAGCGUCAUGGAACUACCUGAACGUGUGCUGGGUACUGUGCGUCUGGACUGCAUUGAUUUGCGUCAUGCUGUACCAUUUACCAAGAAAAUGGGUAAGGACAAGAAAAAGUAG